AUGAAAAGAAUAUAUGCUGUCAAUUACAACAGAAAUGGAAAAGGGAAUAGAGACAUAAGAACCAACAGGUCUGGUUUUUUCGGGCUAAGGAUGACAGAAUACAUCCGUCUAUCCAAUAUAAAUGAGAAUAUACAUAUUCCAGAACGAUUGUUGGCACUUUUGAAUGAGGAGGACCAAGAUGCUCCAGAUGAGGUUAAAGAAUUUAAUUACACCCAAGAGUUGGACAAGAAUCUGCUCUCUCGGACUUCUGUCAUUGGGCUAGGUUUUGGGUUAAUGAGUCCUGUAUUAGGUAUGAGUACUACAAUGGGAAUAGGGCUACUAAAUGGUGGAUCUCCAGCAAUAAUAUUCGGUUAUGUGAUAUGUGGAAUAAUGACGUGGAUUUGUUCUCUCUCGUUGGGUGAAAUCGUUUCAAAGUACCCAAUAGAGCUUCACGGUGCGGCAGCCAUGCUUGCAUCUGAUGAGCUCCGGCUACCUAUGUCUUGGUACUGUGGAUGGCUAAUGCUAUUUGGAAGUUGGACAAUGAGUACCAGUAUUACAUUUGCGGGUGCACAACUAAUUAUUUCACUCGUAACCAUGUCGAACGAAUCACUCAUAGACUCCGAUUGGUUAAUGUUUUCGACAGUUGCUAUGUUCUACAUUGUGGUUACAGUUGUUGGUGUAAUAAACUUGAAGUUCGCUAGGUAUAUCGAGGUGAUCAAUAAAGUGUGCGUGUACUGGAUUCUCUACGCGAUUUUAUUCACCAGUACCUUACUUUUAUUAUUCCAACCAAACCACAGGUCAUUUAAAGAGGUUUUCACAAAAUUUGACAACAGUUUAUCUGGUUAUACAUCUGUGGUUUUGUCAUUUUUAAUUGGCGGGUUUCAGCAAUCUAACUUCACGUUCCAAGGCUUCGCCAUGCUCUCUGCCCUAUCCGAUGAAACCGAGAAACCUGAGAAAAACAUUCCAUAUAGUAUGACCAGAUCAGUUCUAAUAUCAUUAGUAUCCGGUUUAUUCUUUUUAAUUCCCAUGAUGAUGAUCUUGCCGGACAUCUCAGAAGUCAUGAACCAUGAAGGUGUCAUGCCCAUCGUGCUCAUCUUUACAAAAUCUACGAAAUCUAUGUUCAUUUCAACGUUUCUUGUUCUUCUAAUCUUGGCCAAUCUAUUAUUUUCUGGAAUAGGUUCAGUCACUACAUCGUCGAGAGCUGUAUACAGCUUGAGUCGUGAUCAUGGUAUUCCAUACCACCAAUUGUGGACUUACGUUGACCCAAGUUCAGAAUCUAAAGUACCAAAAUAUUCUGUUAUGCUUUCUAUGGGGGUGUCCUACAUAUUGGCGCUGUUGGCUCUAGUCUCCACAAGCGCAUUCAAUGCAUUUGUUGGUUGUGCAGUAAUAUGCUUAUGCUCCGCAUCACUAUUGCCAAUAGCCUUAUCUUUAUAUCACAGGAGGAAAAAAGUUAAGGGUUCUGCCUUCAGAAUCAAAUAUAGGUUAGGCUAUAUUGUAAAUGGGAUUACAGUAAUAUGGCUGCUUUUCACAAUAUUCAUUAUUUGCUUGCCGCAGAAGGUUCCUAUAAAUUUCAGGACUAUGAACUAUUCAAUUGUCGUCUAUCUGUUAUUCUUGGUGAUGAUUACACUAUUGUACAAAAGCUGGGGAAUCAAAAACUUUAGGGCGCCAUUGGUAGACGAAUGA